CGCACACUUUUUCCUUCAGUGCGAAAGACAGAAAAAAUAAAUUGUCGAAACAAAAAAUAUUGUUGACUUUUCAAAAUUGAAGCCGAUUAAAAAUUUUAUUUGUGAAAAAGAGAAAAGCUUUGCAUUACACAAACAAACGUACAAAAGCAACUGCUAAUACAAAUAAUUCAAGUGAGCCGAGAAAAAGAAGCGACAAAGAUGAGUGGCCGUGACGACUUCUUCUCCAAAGAGUCUUCACUCAUCAACCGCUCCAAACGGGAGCUGGCGGACGGACGUGAAAAGGAUCCAAUCUACAAAUUGCGCUUGCAAUGCUUCAGUCGUGGCGCAACCGGCAUACUCGGAUUAGCCAGAACCUUCCGAAAUAUGGAUGACGAUGGCAGCAAGGCGCUGAAUUUCGAAGAGUUCAGUAAGGGAAUCAAAGAAACUGGUUUAGAAUGUACGGAUAGUGAAAUAAGGGAUAUGUUUGACAAAUUUGAUGAAGAUAACAACGGCUCGAUUAAUAUGACGGAGUUUUUGCUGAAAUUGCGGCCACCAAUGCCGCAGUCGCGUUUGGAUAUCAUCGACAAGGCAUUUAAGAAAAUCGACCGCACCGGUGACGAUCAAAUCACCAUUGAUGAUUUGAAGAACGUCUACUCCGUGAAGGAUCAUCCCAAAUAUUUGAGCGGUGAAAUGACCGAGAAUGAAAUACUCACACAAUUCCUCAACAACUUCGAGGGGGGACGUGGCAACUGUGAUGGUAAAGUGUCGAAGGAGGAAUUUAUUAAUUAUUAUGCAACAAUAAGCGCUUCAAUUGAUAAUGAUGCCUACUUCGAUUUGGUGAUGCGACGCGCUUAUAAACUGUAAAUACAAUCCCAUGUAGGAGUAACACAAAAGCGCUGCCAUAACAAUAAAUGCAAUGCUUGUUGCAAGCACAACAAAAACAAAAGCGUAACAACUAACAACAGCUGGCAUUUUUUAAGCUUAUAACAACAACAACCAUUAAAUAAAUAAAAAAA